GGCUACCCAGUCCUAUACCGGAUUCCCUCGAUGGUGGACGGUGGGGCGUGAGACCGAGUGGUCAUCUGGAGGUGAAGUCGCCGACUGACCGCAGCGCCGUGCUCUCUGACCUCCGCAAGGGUCAGGGCUACGACCUCAAGGUGCGGCCGUUCUUCAACGAGUUCCAGGGGUCGGACAGUGACGUCAAGUACGGCAAAACUCUGGAGGAAGCGCCGGACGCAGCCCCACAGGGCGUCACGGUCUUGCCGAACGAUGUUAACGGCACGGGCAUCACCGUCUCCUGGCAACCGCCUCCCGCCGACUCCCACAACGGAGCACUGCUGGAGUACAAGGUUUGGUGUUUGGGGAACGAGAGCCGUUUCCACAUCAACCUCACGGUCUUGUCCCCGGCCGUGACCGUCACCGUCCCGCACCUCACGCUCGGCGUCCGCUACCGCGUCCAAGUGGCGGCCGUCAACGCCGCGGGGGAUGGGCCCCUCUCCCCGGCACGGUACAUCACCCUGGAUUCCUCGGGGAGGCUGGUGUCGGACCACGUGGAGGAGCAGGUCAGCCUCGCGCAGCAGAUCUCCGACGUGGUCAAGCAGCCGGCCUUCAUCGCGGGGAUCGGAGCCGCCUGCUGGAUCAUCCUGAUGGUCUUCAGUAUCUGGUUGUACCGGCACCGCAGGAAGCGGAGUGGCCUGACCACCAGCUAUGCUGUCCCUUCUUUCUCCUUCACACCAACAGUGGCCUAUCAGCGAGGAGGUGAGACUGUCAGCAGUGGAACAAGGCCGGGUUUGCUGAACAUCGGUGACUCAAGCCAGCCGUGGUUGGCCGACACGUGGCCCAACACCGGGGCCGAACAUAACGACUGCGGCAUCAACUGCUGUACCUCAGCUCACGCCAACAGCGACAGCAACCUCACCACGUACAGCCGGCCAGCUGACUGCAUCGCCAACUACAAUAACCAGCUGGAGAACAAGCAGACCAACCUGAUGCUGCCGGAGACAGCGGUCUACGGAGACGUGGACCUGAGCAACAAGAUCAACGAGAUGAAGACCUUCAACAGCCCCAACCUGAAGGAGGGGCGCAGCGCCAACCAGGCCGGGCAGCCCACCCCCUACGCCACCACCCAGCUGAUCCAGACCAACAACAUGAACACCAGCGCCAUGGACCUCAGCGAGAAACACUGGAAACAGGCGCUGCAGGCCAAGCAGGAGAUAUCACCGCUGCAGUACAACAUCAUGGAGCAGAACAAGCUCAACAAGGAUUAUCGCCUGGCAGAGACGGGCAGCAUUCCGACCAUCCCUUACAACCAUUCGAGUGACCACGGGACUGGAGGGUCUUACAACAGCUCGGAGCGAGGCAGCAACACGUCUGGGAGUCAGGGCCACAAGAAAAGCGUGCGGACGCCCAAGAUGUCUAUGCAGGGGGGCAUGAACUGGGCCGAUCUCCUGCCCCCUCCCCCGAUGCAUCCACCCCCCAACGCCAGUAACCCUGAGGAGUACAGCUUCGCUGCUGAUGACAGUUACCAGCGGGACGUGAUGUGCCCGGUGCCUCCGGCCAGGAUGUACCUGCAGCAGGUGGAGUCGGAGGAGGAAGAGGAGGAGGAGGAGGAGGAGGAGAGGGGUCCCACGCCGCCUCUCCGGGGGGCUGCCUCGUCACCUGCCGCCGUGUCCUACAGCCACCAGUCCACCGCCACCCUCACCCCAUCGCCCCAGGAUGAGCUACUCCCCAUGCUGCAAGGCAGUCAGGAGAACCUGGCCCUGAUCUCAGCCCCCAGCGAGCACAGGAGACACGCCAUCAGCCCCCCUCCCCCGCCGAGACCCAUCUCCCCCCCGCACACGUACGGCUACAUCUCGGGGCCACUGGUGUCGGACAUGGACACGGACGUGCCGGAGGACGAGGAGGACGAGGAGGAGGAGGACGAGGUUGCGGUGGCGGGGGUUGAGGCGGCCAAGAUGCACCAACAGCGCCGGCUGCUCCUACACGGGCUGGAGCAGACUCCCGCCUCCAGCGUGGGAGACCUGGAGAGCUCGGUCACCGGCUCAAUGGUCAACGGCUGGGGCUCGGCCUCCGAGGACGAGGGCAACAGCUCCAGUGGCCGCUCCAGCGCCGCCAGCUCCUCCGACGGCUCCUUCUUCACCGACGCCGACUUCGCGCACGCCGUGGCCGCCGCCGCCGAAUACGCCGGCCUGAAGGUCGCGCGGCACCACGGGCAAGAACUGGCAGCAGGACGGAGACACUUCCCUCCCCCGCACCACCCGCGGCCGACCAGCCCCUUCUCCACGGACAGUAACGCCAGCGCUGCUGUGGUGCAGAAGACUCGUCCGGUGAGGAAACAGAAGCAGCCGCUGGGACCCCACCGUGAGGUCUUCUCUGACGAGCUGCCGCCUCCGCCCAUCCCCCCACCGGUCAUCAAGUCGCCCGGCUUCCUGGCCGCCACCGCCCAGCUGGACGUCUGGCCGCCCCCCGCCGUGCCCAGGCCCCACGCAGACCGCAAGGCCGGAGGCCUCCGGGGGAGGGAGGGCGCGGAGCCGGAAAACCGCGGCAACCCGGGAGACGGGCGCCACCUCCCGGAGCUGUGGCACGGAGACGCACACGGGGGAAAGCAGCGCCUGAACAGGGGCGGCAAGCGGGAGAGCGCCCAGGCCAAGGGGCGGCACACGCAAGGUGUGGUGGACGUCCUGCCCUACAGCCGGCCCACGUUCCCCUCAGCUCAGAACCCUCGGGAGCCCAGCUCCUCCAGCUCCGUGUCGUCGCGUGGGUCGGGCGGGCGGCGCAGAGGGGAACCGGUCCCAACGGGGAGCGCGGCCGGGCCUUCCCGCAGGAUGGCGUCCGACACCGGCCCGCUAGAGAUGGGCAUGCACGAGUGUGAAGAGGAAGAGUUUGAGGGCCGGAUUUACCGACAAGAUACACGAGCUUAA